CCGCACUCGUACUACCGAUUCGUUCCAGGAGUUCGUCCACAACUCCUCCGGCAAGGAAGCUCCACGAACCAAGAGCUCCCCAGCAACGCAAUUGCCUUUGUUGCCACUGCUUUUCUUUUGUUGUGAACUUAUUGUCACCGCUGAUCGACCAUGGGCCGCAAAAAAGGAGGAAGAGGAAAGAAGAACCGGGGAGACGACGACUGGUCCGACCAGGAAGAAAUCCCGGUCGGCGGAACGCCGAACGCCACCGAGGAGCCGGCGGCCCCCAAGCUCUCCCGGAAGCAGCAGAAAUUGGCCAAGCAACAGGCCAAAAAGGCGGCCGCCCAGAAGCAACAACAGCAAAAGGACAGCGAUAGCGACAGCGACGACCUGGCGGCGCUGAUGGGGGGCAAGAUGAACCUCGGCAAGAAGAAGAGCGGCAACUACAGCGAUGACGACGACGACGACGAGGACAGCAGCGACGACGAAAUGCUCCCUCCAAUGCCCUCCAAGAGAAACAACGACCGCGGGCGGGGAAGGAACAAUCGGGGCCCGCCGCCCCCCAUGGACGACAGCGACGACGAGGAUGACGACGACGACGAGGAGGAGGAGGAAUACGUUCCCCAGCCAGCUUCCCGAAGGAACAACAAAAAGAAGGGCGGUCGCAUGGCCCAGCUGGCGGCAAUGAUGGACGACGACAGCGAGGACGAGGAAGAAGAGGAGGAGGACGAGGACGAUGAAGAGGUGGAGCAGAUCGCCUUUACGAUCCUCGAACCCUCCAAGAAGAGCAAGAAGGAAAAGAAAGACAAGAAGGAGAAAAAAGAGAAGAAGGAAAAGAAGGAGAAGAAAGAAAAGAAGAACAAGAAAGACAAGAAGCGGGACGAGGAAGAAGCCGCCGAAGCGGAGCGGGCCGAGAAGGCCGCCGCCAAAAAGUCCAAGUUCGAGCUCCAGAUGGAGGCCGCCAUGAAGAAAAAGGAGCAGGCCGAGAACGGCGGAGAUUCCGAACCGGCCGGGGAGGCGAAACCACCGGCCCGACCGACCCCCAAGCCGCAGGAGAUCCCCGAGGCUCCCACCCAGCUGGCCGGGGAGGGCGAGAACGAGGACCUGGUGUACGGUGCGCCCGACGACGUGGUGUGGUCCGACAAGAGCAACGCGAUGCGCGAGGCGGAAAACGCCGCGGACGAGGACCCCAGCAAGGUACGUACCGAUAGCAGAAACGGGCGGGACGACGGAUUGGUUCCCUUGCACGGCGGACUACAGCACGCUACAGCCGAGCGUGCAGUAUGCCCCGGUGGCAUGGUGUCGGGCACACAGAACAGGGGGAACGUGGAAACACGAGGAGACCGAUAUGCCACCUUUCAGUACCAAAUCUCACCAGCGGUUGUUCCUCGUUGCUCGCAUCGUUGUGUUCUUGGACAUUUGGUGGCUCGCGCGUUCGCGUAAUGUGGUGUGUUCGUCCAACGCUGAAUGACCAUUACCGUCUUUUGCUAUGGCAUGGUGUGCUGUGCUGUCACCGGAACUACGCACGCUCCACAGCUGCUGUACGGCAAGGACGGGAAAAAACUCAGCAACAAGGAGCGAAAGCGCCUCAUCAAAGAACGCGAGGCCGCGGCACGGGCCGCCGAGUACGAAAAGGUCGCCGCCAAGGCCAGCCGGGAGGGGGCCCAGUUUGCCUGUUCCCAGACCGCGGUCAGCGAGAAGGAUCCGCAGUGGCAAAACUCCCUGGACAUCAACAUUCCCAACUUUAGCAUCUCCGCCGCCGGAAAGAUCCUCUUCAAGGACGCCGCCCUCACCAUUGCGCACGGACGUCGCUACGGGCUGGUCGGGCCGAACGGUAGGGGUAAGUCGACGCUCCUGAAGAUGAUUGCCUCCAAGGACCUCAAGCUCCCCCCGCGCAUCGACUUUUUGUACGUCGAGCAGGAGGUCGUGGCCGACAACACACCGGCCGUCGAGGCCGUCCUCAGGGCCGACAAGGUCCGCUGGAACCUCGUCGAGGAAGAAAAGAUCCUCAUGGCAAAGGUCGACGCCGGGGACGAAUCGGACGAAACGAUCGAUCGACUCGGGGUCGUGGUGGAAGAACUGGCCAACAUGGGAGCCGACUCGAUGGAGGCCAAGGCCCACGGAAUCCUUUCCGGGCUUGGAUUUACCACCGAGAUGCAAACCAAACCGACCAAGAUGUUUUCCGGUGGUUGGCGCAUGAGAAUCUCCCUGGCGCGGGCCCUCUUUGUCGAACCCACCCUGCUCAUGCUCGAUGAACCGACCAACCACCUGGAUCUCAACGCCGUCAUCUGGCUAGACGACUACCUGCAAACCUGGAAGAAGACGCUCUUUGUCGUAUCGCACGACCAGGACUUUUUGAACAGUGUCUGCCAGGAAAUCCUCCACAUCGAGGACCUGAAACUCAUUGCCUACAAGGGCAACUACGACAGCUUCAAGAAGGCCGAGGCGGAUCGACUCAAGCAGCAACUCCGGGCGUGGGAAAAACAAGAAAAACGCAUCCGGGAGCUCAAGCGGAAGGGCCAGUCCAAGUCCAAGGCCACCGAAAUCAUGAAGACCAAGUCCAAGCGCGAGGCCGGUGCCAGGAGCCAGAAGAAGAAAAACCAGGCGAUCGCCGCCGGAACCGAGUCAGCGGAAAUCCAGGAGCUCAUCAAGAGACCCAAGGAGUACACCGUCAAGCUCGAAUUUUCCGAGGUUCCGCAGCUCACCAGGCCCGUCAUGGAGGUCACCAAUGUGCACUUUCGCUACUCGGAAAAGCACCCGGUCAUUUUCAACAAGAUUGAUUUCGGUAUCGACAUGGACAGCCGCAUCUGUGUGGUUGGCCCGAACGGUGCGGGUAAAACGGUGAGUUUUGCAGCGGCUUUGUUCGUGCCGACAUUUCGUUCGCUGGCCGAGUCGAGAAUGGAAUUUGCGUGAUUGAUUGGUUUUCUCAUUCGUUGCCUAUUUUUGGUUGUUCGCUUGUUUUUUGUUGUCGCCCAGACUCUCUUGAAAUUAUUGACGGGAGAAAUCAAUGCCACAAAAGGAGAAGUUCGAAGAAAUCCUCGGUUGCGGAUGGGUAUCUACAACCAGCAUUUUGUGGACAGAUUACCCAUGGGCAAGACCCCGGUAGAGCACUUGCGUUCUCGUUUCGAUGACCUGGACUACCAGAGCUGCCGAAACCGGCUCGGACGAUACGGAUUGGAAGGCCAUGCCCACGAGGUCGUCAUGAGAGACCUAAGCGGAGGACAAAAGGCCCGUGUUGUCCUGGUCGAACUAAGUUUGCAGAUGCCGCACAUUCUAUUGCUCGACGAACCCACGAACAACCUGGAUAUCGAAACUAUCGACGCCCUCUGCGAUGCCAUCAACGAAUUUAACGGAGGCAUCGUGGUGGUAACCCACGAUCAGCGCCUCAUCGAGGAGUGCGACUGCACGCUUUGGGUUGUCGAGAAACAAGGCGUUACGGAAUGGACGGAAGGAUUCGAUGACUACAAGGAGUCGAUCCUUCGAGAGUUGGAAGAACAAGUAGAGGCACAAAACAAAGCUAGACAGAAGAAAGUUGAGGCCGCCGCAGCUGCGAAGGCGGAGAAAAUUGCUCGCUUGAAAAAUUCGAAAAAGAAAUAACAAAAAUAAUGAUGAUAUUAUUACAGUAUUACAAUAGUACGAAGUUUGUGAAUAUUGUGUUCAAAAGAAUUUUUGGGACUCACUGAAACUUUUUGACAAAAACUAGAUGCCUCAAACAAAAGAAGCCGCAAAGUUUAAACAUGUUGUAUAAAUAAUUGUUCUAAAUACAGAAUUUUUACAUUGACACAUAUAGAAGGAACGCCGUUCGUAGUGUCCGGCUUCGAUCAAGCACUUUUGACAAAGCUAUUAAAGCAUUGUCACAGUGAGAGAGAAGGUUGAUUGUUUACCUCUCGUUUUGCGACGAUUGGGAUUGAGAAUCAAAAAAAUUCUUUUUGAAGUGUUGCGUACACUGUUUAUACGCAUCCGCAGAGCAAUCCGGUGCUGACUUCAGGUUGUUCGCGAGAGUCAACUUCUUCCUCGGCAGGGGUUUCCUCGGCGGCUUCCUCGACAGGGGCUUCUUCCUCUUCUUCACGUUCUUCGGCGGCUUCCUUCUCGGCUGGUUCAUCAGCGGGAGCGUCUUCCGUGGCGGGUGCCUCCUCAGCGACAGGGGCUUCCUCGGGCUUUUCCUCAACAGGGGUCUGCUCAACAGGCUCAGGCUUAGGGUCUUCUUUUUGGACAGACUCAGCGACAUUGGCGGAAGGAGAAAGCUUGGUAAUGGACUUCUUCUUCAUUCCCAUCUUUCCGAGAACUCCCUUGCGAGGGACCUUGGUUACGGUUGUGGAGACCUCAGCCUCGUCUUCCUCAGGGGAGGCAGACUUCUUCUUUCUGAAGGAAAGAGACUUCGCACUAGGCAUCGAAGGCAUGGAAGGCAUGGAAGGGCGCUUGAUUUGGAGCUUCAUGAUUUUAGUUUGUUUUGUUAGUGAGGAGAAACUUAAGAUUUUUCUUGUGUCAAUCGCAAUUUGUGAGAACGAGGAGAGUUGCUCAAAAAUCAAAAAAAAUAGACGGCACUUGAAGAUUCGUUUCUCUGAGAGCAUCUGUUGAAUUUAUCGGGUAACAUCGUUGUAUGGGCGAUCACAAAACUCUGCGCGGGCGCUUCAAUAUAUUAUUCAUCACUUAAUACAUUUAACUAGUUUUU